AUAUCCGUUCAUUUACGUGGUCCUUUCAAUCUGGCCUAGUUAAAUAUUAUUCAAGGCAGUUAGACUUUUGGUGAAGAUUAAGAUGCAAUCCGUGAUAACGUCACAUGGGCUGGGGCCAGGCCCUUCGCCUGAGGUACCCCAGUGGUCAAACUGUAAAUGGUAGAUGUAGUGAUGCUGCUUUACGACACAGACACAGGAGGACAAGUUAUGACGGUGCGUGUUACGUCUCUGUAGUUGACGCUAUUCACAAAAUGUGACUUACUACACAGUACGUUGACAGCUCAGAUGCUACAUUCUGCAUGGUGAACUAAACAGGCCAUAAACUACCUUGUUUAAAAACCACAGAAUUCAACACCAAUUUAUGUUUUACACACCGCAGGAAUUUCCUGUUUGAUAUAGAUAAUAUAUAUACUUGUAAACAGUUCGCCAUUGAUGUAGCGUAGUUUGAAAUUGUUCGGAAGAACCCAAGAAAUAUCAGUACAAGAUGGGCAGAACUUGGAACCAGUUCCUGCUACUGUUCUGGAAGAACUGGACUCUUCAGUCACGCAAGGUCAUCCUGACUAUCUUCGAGAUCCUGAUCCCAUUGAUCUUUGCCGCUCUUUUGCUCAUCAUACGCUCGUACGUGGAAUUCACGCAAUACGAGUCCCCGAUUGUGUACGGCUCCUUUAGCGUGGACUCUCUUCCCUCGACGCUUCUGCCACCGAAUGUGACAAACUCCACCCUGCCGCCAUACUAUUGGAAGAUCGCCUAUGCGCCUAGAGGAAAAGCGGCUGAUGAUAUCAUGGACAAGGUCGUUGAGAGCUUGACAAAUGAUUUUCCCACAUUACGACCUGUGCAAUUAGAGAAAGCAAUCGGCUUUGACACUGAAGAGGAACUUCUUGCAGUCAUGAAGCUCGCCUCCUCCGAGAACAUCCUCGGCGGCAUCAUCUUCAAGAGCGGUUUCCCUGACAACGGUGAGGGCAUCCCGGCCAACUUGACCUACAGCAUCCGCAUGAGGAACUCGAUGAGGAACAUGGAGAAGCAGAGUAGCUUCAUGACCCAGUGGCAGACACAGUCACUGUUCCCGUUCUACCAGCUGCCGGGGCCCAGGAACAAAGAUGACAUGUAUGGUGGAGUACCAGGUUACUACCGCGAGGGAUUCUUAGCACUGCAGUAUGCCGUAGACAUGGCCAUACUUCGAGCCAACGGAGUGACCCCUAACCAUGUGACCCUGAUGCAACGCUACCCCUACCCUCCGUACUUCGAUGACACUUACGUGGCUGUGCUGCAGACCACCUUGCCUGACCUGAUCAUGGUCAGCCUGGUGCUGGUGGCCCUGGGCAUUGCCAAGAAUGUGGCCUAUGAAAAGGAGAAACGACUGAAGGAAGCCAUGAAGAUGAUGGGCCUGGCCAACUGGGUGCACUGGCUGGCCUGGUUUGUCAAAUACUUCAUCUACCUCACUAUCACCAUCUCGCUCAUGACGCUGAUGUUUUGCGUCAAGGUCGGCAACCUCCACGCUGCGGUGGUGACCCACAGUGACCCCUCGGUCAUCUUCGUCUUCCUGAUGCUCUACGCAAUGGUCAGCAUCAUGUAUAGCUUUGCAGCCAGUGCUCUGUUCUCCAAAGGUAUUUUGAAUGGACGGAACGUCAUACCUUCUGGAAACUGA